CUAUUAUGUUGGGAUUUUAUAAUAGUGCGCUGUACCAAAUUAGUGGCCAGUGUUUAGUGUUUACUCUGAAAUUUGAGGAGCACCAGAAGCUGGUAAGGGUGCUGCGUCCACUCAUUAUUACUCAUUCGGGGUUUCCAAAUUAGAUGAGUUGUUGUUCUUGCUCUGCCAUGGCCUUCCUUCUCAAAGCACCUUCCUUUCUCCCUCCUCUUAACCAAAAGUUGAAUUAUAUCAGCUUUUCUCCCAUAAACCUGCAAUCCAAAUUUUACCAUGCUAGUGUCAGAAAUGGGAGAUGGAACGUUCCUAGCAUGACAAUAAAAGCUCAGGCAGCUGUUGAAGGGGAUGUACUACUUGACGAAGAAUCCAUCUGUGUCAAUGAAGAAAGUGAUUACGGGGUCGUUUGUAUGCACCAUGUUGGAAUUUUAUGUGAAAACCUAGAAAGAUCACUUGACUUUUAUCAAAAUGUUCUAGGCCUCAAGAUAAAUGAAGCAAGGCCACAUAAUAAGCUUCCAUACAGGGGUGCUUGGUUGUGGGUAGGCUCUGAGAUGAUUCAUUUGAUGGAGCUUCCAAACCCUGACCCUUUAACUGGACGACCUCAACACGGUGGUCGAGAUCGUCACACGUGUAUUGCAAUUCGUGAUGUUUCUAAGCUGAAAGCAAUCUUUGAUAAAGCUGGUAUCGCUUACACACUUAGUCAUUCUGGAAGACCAGCAAUCUUUACACGUGAUCCCGAUGCAAAUGCUCUAGAGUUUACACAAGUAGAUGAUUGAUAUCUAUGGAUGUUACCUGCUAGGCCACACCCCUUUGCUGCUAUAAGUCACCAGAAGGUAGAAAUAAAUGUACGAAUGAUUACAUGUAUGUAAAGGCUGAAGGGAUUGUAACUAGUACACCAUAGUAAAGUAGUCUGCUACUCUGCUAUGCAGUGGCACUAGCAGCAAUAGAAUACUGGCUCAUCUUAUAUAUAGCACAUUUGUAAGGAUUAACGGAACGUGAAUACUGAGAAAUAAGAUUGAAAGAAAUUAGAUUAUGGAAAGUGAUGUUUUCAGUCAAAGUGCUAGAGGCUCCACGAAGGGAAGCAUACAAGUAGGGCGUAAAAUUGAAGAUAUUCAGAAGCCAAGACUUUCAUUGUUUGAACGAAUGGGAUAUCGUGUACAAUUAUUUUUAUCUUACUUUUUCCUUUAUACACAAGUAAUUAGUAAUUUAGUAUGUUCUAUCUGUUCUGA